GCAGAUUAGUUGCGCUUUUAUUGCAGAGCAGCUGCAACGGAAGAAAAUAGGCACCGGAGAGACACCGCUAACUGACCGUUUUCUCUUUCUUACCGGGUGAUGUAAAGAUAAACGGUGGAUGGAAUAUCGAACGUGGAUAGAGGGAGACCGCUGAAACUACUGGCUGAUUCUCUAACUUGUUGAUGCUCCGUUAUUUACCAGGGCUUUGCUUGGAGGAUUGUCCCUGCUUGUUGGCGUAAAGUGAAGCGCGUGGAACAGAAGUAGGCUAUUUUUUAAAAUAUAUUUUACCUUUAUUUAACUAGGCAAGUCAGUUAAGAACAAAUUCUUAUUUUCAAUGACGGCCUAGGAACUGCGGGUUAACUGCCUGUCAAGGGGCAGAACGACAGAUUUGUACCUUGUCAGAUCGGGGAUUUGAACUCGCAACCUUCCGGUUUACUACCGCUACUCGUAUGGAGACUAUGCAUUGUGAAGAACAAGUUAUGAUGUCCAUUCACCUAUCCAUGUCCAAGCCAUAGCACUGUGAUUGCCGAAGCAGCAGGUUCGUUCAAAACACACCGGCUCGUUCCAACCGGUCAGCAUGGCUGCAGGAGUGGCGGCAUGGCUCCCCUUCGCCCGAGCGGCGGCUAUAGGAUGGAUGCCGGUUGCUACCGGUCCUAUGCCCAUUCCUCCCCGGGUAAAUAAGAAAUCCCAAGACCAGGGACUUAUCAUCCUCAACGUCAGCGGUCAGAAGUUCCAGACGUGGAGUAACACUUUGGAACGCUAUCCGGACACUUUACUGGGGAGCACCGAAAGGGAUUUCUUUUUCCACGAGGAAACAAAAGAGUACUUUUUUGACCGUGACCCUGAUAUUUUUAGACACAUUCUGAAUUUCUAUCGCACGGGAAAACUGCACUACCCACGCCAAGAGUGUAUUGCAGCUUACGAUGAAGAGUUGUCGUUUUUUGGGAUCAUACCUGAGAUUAUUGGCGACUGUUGCUAUGAGGAGUACAAGGACCGGCGGCGCGAGAACCAGGAGAGGCAGCAAGAUGACGAGGACGAUGAGAAAGAAGAUAUAGCUCCGCUAAACAUGACCUUCCGGGAGUACAUGUGGCGGGCUUUUGAGAACCCCCACACGAGCACCACGGCCCUGGUCCUCUACUAUGUCACCGGGUUUUUCAUAGCCAUCUCAGUCAUGGCCAACGUGGUGGAGACGGUGCCGUGUGGAACCCUCCCCAACCGCGCCAAGGAGAUCUCAUGCGGGGACCGUUACGCAGUGGCCUUCUUCUGCCUGGACACGGCCUGCGUCAUGAUCUUUACCAUCGAGUACCUCUUACGGUUAAUCGCAGCCCCCAGCCGGUACAACUUUAUGAAGAGUGUGAUGAGCAUCAUCGACGUGGUUGCCAUCAUGCCUUACUACAUCGGCUUGGUCAUGACGGACAAUGACCAAGUGAGCGGGGCUUUCGUCACCCUCAGGGUCUUCCGGGUUUUCAGGAUUUUCAAAUUCUCCCGCCACUCUGCGGGGCUGCGUAUCCUGGGCUACACACUGAAGAGCUGCGCCUCGGAGCUGGGCUUCCUCCUCUUCUCCCUCACCAUGGCCAUCAUUAUCUUCGCCACUGUGAUGUUCUACGCAGAGAAGGGCUCCGCUUCCACCAAGUUCACCAGCAUUCCCGCUGCUUUCUGGUACACCAUUGUCACCAUGACAACGCUGGGAUACGGUGACAUGGUACCCAAGACCAUUGUGGGGAAGGUGUUUGGUUCCAUCUGUUCUCUGAGCGGGGUGCUGGUCAUCGCCCUGCCUGUUCCCGUCAUCGUGUCCAACUUCAGCCGCAUUUACCACCAGAGCCAGCGGGCAGAAAAACGACGAGCUCAAAAGGCGUCCAAGGAAGCAGGACAGCUCCUAGUGGGAAAACCCAACAUUCCCUUUGAGAGCCAUCAUCACCACCUUCUGCACUGCCUGGAGAAGACCACAAAUCAUGAGUUUAUUGACGAGCAGACUUUCGAGACCAACUGUAUGGAGGUAACCAUGGUGAACAAAUCCGGAUCUCGAACCUCGUCCCUGUCGUCGUCUCCCUCCGGCCUGUCGUCCUGCUGCUCCAGACGACACAGGAAGAAGAGCUCCAGUCUGCCCAACUGCAACAACCAGGAGCUUUCCACCAUCCAGAUCAGAGAGAGGCCUGUGGUCAACAGUCGCUCCAGCCUGAACGCCAAACUAGACUCUGAGACGGUGCCGUUGAAGAGCGAGCCCUACAUCACCACCUCCGUGGUCAACCUGCGUCCCGCCCCUCUCCCAUUGGUGACAUCAUCAGACGGUGACGGAUCCACCAGCUCCACCGUCAAUUAUUCUCAGAGCAACAUUGUCAGAGUGUCGGCCUUGUAGAUGUCCACUGUCAGUCAAGGUCUGUUUGGCUGACUGUUUGACUGACUUUAUGGAAAACUGUUUGGCUAACUGGUCUCAAGGAGAAACAGCAGCAGAGAGAGAGAGAGAGAGAGAGAGAGAGAGAGAGAGAGAGAGAGAGAGAGAGAGAGAGAGAGAGAGAGAGAGAGACCACUAAUUGAUUGGACUGAUUGGAGGACAGUCACCCUGCCAGAAUCCCGCAUAAUUUCCUGCAAUUCUACACAUUUUGCAAUGUCAAUAAUAUCUGAGUGAGUAACUAACAAAAUAAAUUGGGGCCCCCCUGGUCGGUAUUCGGCCAUGAUUACUACAAGUUUAGAUACCGUAAAACUUCAAUUAAUAGUCUGGCCGUUUAUUUUCUUAAAUCACUGAACACAACAGGUGCUUAUUAGAGACAGGCUUAUCUUUGACCAAGACGUCUAUUUCCUUAAUGCACACAGCUUUUUGCAUAGAUAAUUGUUGAAUUCCAGCAUUCGCGUCCAUCAUUUUAAUCAACUUCUUUAUUUCCUGCUCUACUGUGUUAUAAUUUACACACUUUGUAUUUCAAUAUAUAUAUUUUUUUACUUUUCCUUGACAGGAUAAUUAUUCUCCUCUUUGACUGUGUGUUUUCAGUAGUUCUUACUUUCGCCACUAGAUCAAACGAUUUCUAGGGGUCGUUGUUGACUGUUUUUAUGCUUGCCAGUAAGGUAGCAGUCCUCAGCUGUUAUCAGCCAAUGGCUAGCAGUUCCUUACUGGUGAUAAAAACGGAUGAUUGACAUAAUUUCUUCGAGUCAUUACUGAAUUAUAUCAUUUAACAAAUCAAACAUUAAACAAUUAAUGUAUCAUUUAUUAUAAACAAGUGUUUAUUGCUGCAAGGCAUGCAGUUAGUUGCUUUUAAAAGGGACAGGUGGUUACUUGAAACUCUGCGUUUAUUGAAGUUUUACGGUAGCUGGCUAAAUUAACUUACUAAUCUAAACAUUGUUAGUUGACAUGACUGUCAGUGACUGACAUAACAAGAGAAACAUUGCUGAUGCACAACCAAAUUUCCAACUUGCACCUUGUGUAUUCUGUUAUUCUAACUCAACAGUAAGUUGAGACCCCGACUGAGUUCUUAGCAGCCUGGGGCCCUAAGUGGCCACAUACAGUUGAAGUCAGAAGUUUACAUAAACUUAGGUUGGAGUCAUUAAAACUUGUUU